AACCGCGCAGGCAUCGGGGUCCUUCAGACUCAUGGCGCUGGAUUCUGAGCGCUGCGUGUGUUGAAUGUUGUUCAGAUAAUACGGCCGUAUUACAAUUUUUAUACAGUCUGUGAUUACAACUUUAUACGUCGGUAUUUCUAGGAAGGAUUUAAUAUCGCGGUGUUAUGGAGGAGGUGGAUGUUGAGCCCAGUCCCACGCUCAUUCCCAGCGCUGGAUUUCACCAGAGGCAUUUGGGUUUUGAAUGGGGUCCUGGAGAUCUGUUAGUCUAUGAGACGAACUACAAACUGCAAGGUCCGAGGUCUGCUGGCUCUCCGUUCGUUCACGUCGUGUGGAAGGAUGAAGACAUCUGCUCUCCCAUCCUGCGCAAACUCUUCAACGAGUCCCAUCUCAUCUUCGUGGGGCUGCAGAAAAUCAAAGAGGACGUGCCCAGCAAAAACAAGAAGUCACAGUUUGUGAGCAUCAGUAAGAACUACAGGUCUGUGAUCAGAGCCUGUAUGGAGGAGCUGCAGCAGAACGCAGUUUCAACACAAGAGGGUUCUUUAGCGUCACAGUAUGGAGAUCAGGUCUCUAUUCUCUUGGCGAUCGAGCUCAUAUGGAACUUGUGUGAGGUUCUCUUCAUCGACGCAGCUCCAGCCGGGUCUCUGCUGCUCCACCUGCUGGAUUGGGUGCGUCUGCACAAGUCAGACGUGGACGCGAGAGCGCGAGAGGUGUUACAGAGCGACAGCCCCGCCCAUCAUCAGUCCUACUGGGACGUGGUGAUCAGUUUAGUCCUGCAGGGCCGCGUGGAUGAAGCCCGUCAGGUGCUGUCCAAACAGGCGUCUCUGCGGGCGGAGAGCAGCUCUGUGUUCAAACGCAUGGACGUCCUGUUACAUACCAUGCCCAUCUUUAACGUACGUACAUCUUUUCCUAAACCUGCUGAGAACAUGUAUUUCACCCCAAAAUCAGAAGGAAUUAUAUGCUAUUCAAGAAAAUGAAGCAUAUUUUAAUGGUUCGCAGUAUGUUUACAUUAUAUUCAUGCAUUUAAACGCUAAAUUCUUAAUACUGCAAUGCAAACAAUAUAUUUACAAAAAAAGAUUACACUGUUGUUCAAA